GUGCGCAUCUUUCGUGGUGGUGGUUGUGGGGUAUAUCUCGUUCUCCUCACUUCUGCACAUGGUGUUCUAUCGCCACAUGGAAGACCAUCGCCGCUCCAUCCACCACACGACAUUGGUUUCGUUCAAUUUGUUGCUGGCGGCGACGUAUGCCAUGGCGGCAGCAGAAUUGCAUGUACGUGGUCGAAGUGCGAUGGUAUUUGACGCGGAGUGGCCGUCUUGGAAGACCAUCGCUGUCCAGGUGGCGCUAGCCAUCCUGGGAGCGAACUGCGUCGAGUACUACUGGCAUCGUCUGCUGCACACGCGGUUCCUCUACACACGGGUGCACAAAGUGCACCACUACUACAAGCGCCCUCGGCCCUUUGACGACAUGUACAUGCAUCCUGUUGAAGGCGCCGCGUAUUUCUUCAUCCUCUAUGGCCCUCCCUUCGUCAUGUCCAUGCACGUCGUUUCCUUCGUCAUCUACAUGAUGGUCAUGGGUCUGUUUGGGGUGAUGGAUCACUCUGGUCUAUCGUUUCGCAUCCCACUGGUGUACACCUCUAACGACCAUGCGACGCACCACGCCAAAGUACAUUUCAACCUCGGGUUCCCGCUUCCGUAUUGGGACAUCCUCCACGGCACUCACGAUGGCGACUUCGCCGCACUCUCAAGCCAGCAAGUGUGAAGGUGCUUGAAUAUCCCGUUUCGUUCGUCUUGAUCUUGCGAGUAUCGUUGGAGGUGUGGUGGCGGCGUUCGUCGCCAUCUUUUUAAUCCUCCUUAGACGGCAGAAGUCGUUGAGAGCCGCCGCCAAGUCGCUCCAGCACUCGGGUGGGGUACUCCAAAAAGAUGCGAUUAUUUUUUUUCGACGGUUGAGCGGCGGACUCCACUUCACACGGCCAACGACUGCUUAAUUUUGGUGGAGUCUUGCCGGUUCGACCUGGGUGACACAUCAUGCAACAGACGUUGACAGAUUAUUUCAUGAACGCAAUGAUGUCGAA